AUGAGUCAAGACUACUUCAGCGGUAACGGUAAGGGCAAAGCCCGAAUGCAACAAGAAACAGAUUCAGAUGGUGAUCAUGCCAAUGCGCCAAACGCCGAUUCUUCCCGUGUUCAAUAUAUGACCGUCGGCAAUGGUAUGGCAUCCGAACAUGCUGCCCGCCUCCAGAACAUGCUCGACAUCGACUCUGGCUAUGGUGGAAGUGUAGCUGGCGAUACGCAGCGUUCCAUGGCUUCCCCUUCAACAUUCGACAUGUCUAUGCAUCAUGACCGGCCUGCGUCAGGUGCCGUUCACCAGAUGUGGUAUAAUGCCCAUCGCGCAACUCUCGGCCGCUCUAUCAACAAGGUACUCGAACUUCUCGACAAUCUCCGAGAGAUGAACACAUCAUGGCCCGCCCAUUACCCCUCGGUCCAGCGAGCACGCCGCGACUCCUCCGAAGUCCCUCGACCUGGUCUUGCCCAUUCGCACACGGGUAUGGACGGCAUCCCAUCUUUGCCUCAUCCUGCAUUGAAACGUUCUAUGACUACUGUUGAAGAUAAUUCUGCCGAAUCGAGCCGAGCCGCCGAGAAUCGAUCGACACCCGAACCACGACUUGUGUCACCCCAGAUCGCCCAAGAGUUUUCCGUAUUGAAGUUGGAUCUCAAGCUUGGUGCUCUUCACCAGACUGAGCUUGUCCACUCACUUGAAAAGAGUUCGAUUGCGGCACUACUUGAUGGAAAGAUUAGCACCAGCAUCAAGCAUCUUGUUGCCCUCCGCGAACGAAUUGAGGAUACCGCCAGUAAGGUUCUUAUCACCGGUGAUCUUAAUGCCGGCAAGUCGACCUUCUGCAAUGCUCUGUUGCGUCGUAAGGUCCUACCUGAGGAUCAGCAGCCUUGCACUGCUAUCUUCUGUGAGGUACUUGACGCAAGAGAGAAUUCGGGUGUGGAAGAGGUGCACGCUGUGCACAAGGAUGCUAUCUACGAUCGAAAUGAUGAAUCAACUUAUGAUGUGUUUUCCCUGAAGGAACUGGAAAAUAUUGUCAUUGACAAUGAGACAUAUACCCAAUGUAAAAUCUAUGUCAAGGACAGCCGAAGCAUCGACGAAUCCCUGUUGAACAACGGCGUGGUGGACAUUGCUUUGAUUGACGCUCCUGGCCUCAACUCCGACACAACCAAGACAACAGCUAUCUUUGCUCGACAGGAAGAAAUUGAUGUAGUUGUUUUCGUGGUCUCCGCUGCCAAUCACUUUACACAGUCUGCCAAGGAAUUUAUUUGGGCUGCUGCGGCCGAAAAGGCUUACAUCUUCAUUGUUGUCAAUGGAUUCGAUGUUAUCCGAGACAAGAAGCGAUGUGAGAAGAUGGUGCUGGACCAGGUUGCUGGACUGAGUCCCAGAACACACAAGGAAAACUCGGAACUCGUACACUUUGUUUCGAGCAAUGCUAUCCCUGUCGGACCAUCACCUCCAGGCGGCCCUAGUGGUGGCGGAAGCUCGAGCGGAGGUUCUGGAGACCCCGGAGAUGGUGAUGACAAGGGUAAGGGUAAGGAUCUUGACAAAGUACGAGAUUUCGAGGCUCUUGAACAAUCCCUGAGGAGAUUUGUGCUCGAGAAACGCGCACGGUCCAAGCUCGCACCAGCUCGAACCUACCUCCUCAACAUCUUGAACGACGUCAACACCCUUGCGACGGUCAACCAGGAGGUUGCUCAGUCAGAGUUGGAUCGAGUGACUAAGGAACUUAAGGAGCUUGAGCCUCAGUUGGAAUCCAGUCGAAGGGCACGUUCCGAGGUCAGCGAUAAAGUGGACGCCAAUGUCGAAGAUACAUGCAAGGAAGUUUACGAUUACACUCGCAACACUCUCAACUCUGCCAUUCUUCACUCUGGAAGCAGCCAUUACGACGUACCUUAUCCAGGUAUUUGGAGCGCCUUCCAAUAUGCCGAGGAUCUCAAAGAAGCCAUGCUCUCCCGCAUCGCCGAUUCAGUGGCGAACUGUGAAGAGUAUGGUCGCAACAAGACAGUCUAUGGUGUCAAUGCUAUCAAGCAGCUGGGUAUCCUGCAUGUGGGCGAUGAGUUCCAAAACCUCCAGUUCCGGCCUGAUGUCAUGUUCCGCCGCAAGCGCGAUGCCCUUGCUCGCCAGGUCGAUAUUCCCACAGAGAUGACCGAUUUUGUCGACUGGACAACGCUACUGCAGCGACAGGAGAAGUUCGCUGGUACCGGUAUGGCUCUGACAGUCGCUGGCGCAGUGGUUCCCCGGAUGAUUGGAAUGAACACAUGGAUGGACCAGGCCGUUACAGCAACUCGAAUUCUGAGCAACGAGAACUUACGCCAGCUUAUCAUCCCUGGUAUUCUCGUGGCUGCUGUUGCUGCCUCGGCCUAUGUUCUACAGCAAAUUCCCAAUUCUCUGCCCCCUCGUCUCGCCACCAAGAUCUCUACUCAGCUGGCUGAGAUGGAUUAUGUUCACACCAACGCUGCCCGCAUCUCCUCGUCUGUUCGCAAGGUCCUUCGUAUUCCUGCUGACAACCUUCGAGUCGGCCUCGACCAAAGCCUCAAGGACCUGAGUGCAAAGCGUGAAGAGACUGUCAAGGUCAAGGGUGAGAGCGAGCGUGCUUCUCGUUACUUCCUGAACCUUGUCCGCCAAAGUGAUGAUCAGCGCGUCAAGGUUGAGGCUGUAGAUCUCGAGACCCCACCGCCCGGCAUGCACUGA